AUGUCGGGCACGAGAAAGAAGAAACAGCAGACGCUGGAGGCCACACUCGGCCGCCAGCCGCUGAAGGCCGCGACAAAGACGGCCAAAGCGACGAGCAAGGGGGCAAGCAAGGGGACGAGCAAGGGGGCGAGCAAGCCCAAGCCGCUCCCGCCACCGUCUGAAUUUCUCAUCUCACCCCAAGUGCUUGACCCUGACGACCUCUUCGGGCCCGACUCUUCGUCGGAGGAGAGUGCGAAGGAGACCGAGAUGCCCGCCCCCGUGGAGUUACCAACGACGGGGAGCAGCGACGAUGACGAAGAUGAGGAUGACGAGCCGCGGGCUACUCCGGCCCGCAGGCGGAAGAGACCCGUUGUGGUCGUCGACAGCGAUGAGGAUGAGGACGACCACGAACAACCCAAGCGGCGCCGCCUUUGCCGGGGGAGAAGAACCCCCGAUUCGGCGGGAAAAGUCAAGCGUGACGCCCCAGAGGACGAAGACGAAGAUCCCGUGCCGUCUUCAACCAGAACCAGGCGGUCAACACGGCGGCCGCUCACUAAAAAAGAGAAGGCACGGGAACUCCUCCGACGGAAGCGCGCCGGUGAGGUCAUCAACGAGGAGGAGGAAUCCACCAGCGAAGAGGAGCCUGCCAGGCCCAUGUACGACAAAGACCCUGAGCUCCCCGCCCUGUCUGAGUUCGAGGACGAUGAGGAAGGCGUCCUUGAGCAGAUUACCGGAAGCCAGGAGGCUGCGAAGAAGCAGCUAAAGGACAAAAGAAAGAAGCGCGAGGCCGGAGACGAAGACGACUCCCAUGACAGCAUAGAAAGCUUCAUCGAGGAUGAUGGCGACGGACCUCUCGGCAUUCCCGAUGACCUCCUCGAUUCCAUACCUAUAGAGCUCAGGUUGGACCUGCAGAAGUCGCUCAAGGGACAUUUUCGCGACGCCAUAGAGUGGCUCGUACAGUUCCGGGUCAACCCUGAAUUCGAAGAGAGGGAACAUGCCGUGUACCGGGUCGCGUGGAGGAAGCUAGACGACGAAGUUCGCGGCUUCGCUCAAUCCAAGUUCUCCUCGGCCGCGUGGAAGAGCGACUUUCUCUUGGCGCUCCGGGCUCGCCCAGAAUACCACGUCCGUGACGGACGGACCACCGCCGGCUUGGGCGGGUACGAGGACUGCGCUGCGUGCGGCAGGAAGGGCCACCCCGCCACGUUCACCAUCACUUUCGCUGGCAGCCCCUACUUCAAUGACGCUGGCCGGCUAGAUCGCCUUCUUAAGCCCGUCCGCGAGCCAGGCUCACACUCGGAGUCAGACUCGCACUCCGACUCGCACUCAGACUCGGACUCAGAGUCUGACUCGGAGUCUGACUCGGACUCGAGCUCAGACUCCGAAGAAGAGGAGGACGAGAACGGCAACACCAUUCCCAAACCGGACAAGGAGUGGGCCGUCGGUGCCGUGUGCAAGAGCAACGCCGAAACGGCGCACGCUCUCCUGCACUGGAAGCACAUGCUCCUCGAUGAGGUCGACAUGCGCCUGCACCAGGACGGGUACAUGUCGCCGUCGAAAGUGGAAGAGCGAGAACACAUGAGCCCCCAGGAGAGGCACCAGCUGGUCGACGAUAUCAUGAAGAGCUGGGUGGAUAGCAAGGUGUUCAGGAAGCUUUAUCUGGGUUUUAAGAAGAUGCUGGAUGAGGCGAGGCACAAGUCCACUGACGGAAAGAGUAGGACGGCAAAGUGGAAGUGA